UUUAUGAUUCCGAUGGCGAGAGAAGACGUGAUUUCCAUUCAUGUGAUACUCGUUUUGGUGUUGGUGUUUGGUAUUAUUGCUGGAGAUGAGUACACUCCGAGCCCUAAUAUUGGAUACCCAGCAGGAUUGGUCCCUAAUUGUCCAGGUGUUCUAAAGAAUGCAACGAUUAGUCAAAAGAAACUGCAAAUGUUAAGAAUAUUGGUACACAAAGUAAUUAACGGCAAAGUUCAUAGGACAGAUUAUCCUAUCGAGGGUGCAGCGAAGUCACUAGCCAAAGAUAAAUUAGUUGAUUUUAAAAACAAAAAGACUGUGUUCUAUAUCGGUGGAUUCUUCGACAGCGCUUAUUUUCCGUUCAGUCAAGCAAUAGGAACUGUCUACUCGAAACGCGGCUACAACGUUCUGUUGUCAGAAACCUUCCAGUUUCUAACAUACAUAUACCCCAAAUCUGUAAGACUGUCUAAAGUGAUCGGCGAUAAGAUUGGUGAAUUAUUAGUAAAUUUGCAACAUUUAGGUUUGAAGGCAAAUGAUUUAGAAAUUGUUGGAAUGAGUAUAGGAGCACACAUAGCUGGAUACGCAUCUAAAUAUUACUACAGCGCUACUGGUAGGAAACCAUCCAGAUUGACCGGUUUAGAUCCAGCUGGUCCUUGCUUUAGAGGAUUACCACCUGAUCAAAGACUAAGGAAGACAGACGCUGAAAGAGUUGACAUACUACAUACAAACAUUGAUGGAUUUGGUAUUGCAGAAAAUCUAGGACAUGUAGAUUAUUAUGUUAACGGUGGGGAAUACCAACCUGGAGAUAUAGUAGCAGUUCCCUGUCUUGUUAUUUGUAGUCAUAUUAGAGCUGCGAUAUACUGGUGGUUAGCUGUACAGAAUCCAAAGAAAUUUAUAGCUAUCAAAUGUGAUUCUAUUCAAGAUGCGAGGUUCGCUAAAUGUUAUAAUGGAUCGGAAACUAAUUAUGUAGGUUUAGAGACUAAAUUUGAUAGACCGGGAUUAUAUUAUUUAGCUACUUAUAAUGAAUUCCCUUAUUAUAGAGCAAAGGAAGGAUUGAUUGAAGAGAAUGAAAUUUACAAGUAUCAUGCUGGUAGAGUUAAUGCUGAAGAUAUGUUAAUAGUUUAAUACUUUAUAUGUAGAAAAGAAAUCUUAUUAAUAUUAUAAAUUCGAAUGUUUAGAUGGAUGUUUGUUUGAAGGUGUCUCCAGAAUGGCUGAAUGGCUUUUUACCUUGUCUCGCCGCAUAUACUUAACAGCAGGUCACGGAUCCGGCUCGAAGGACCACUGUUUGUUUCCUACGCAAAUUUGGCCGAAAUUUGGACAACUCGACCAACGCACAACGAAACGAACGGAAACUACAAAACGCAACGACAACAAUAACAACCAACAAACGCAAUGAAAACACCGAACCAAACACCACCGGAUCCGUGUAUAUGUGGCGAGUCAAGGUACUUCAACAUCGCGUUUAGACAAAUACGGUCUCGCCACAGCGCCAUCUAUUAGGGCGUAGCAAAAACGGCGCCAACAGGCUGAACGGAUCUCGAUGAAAUUUGACAUAUAUAUAGAACAUAGUCUGGAAGAACAUAUA